CAGCUCCUCGUCCUGGCUUCCUUGCUUCUGGGUGAGCACGCGCGUAGUAAUCCAUACCAAAAUUCCUUGCGGCUGCGCAGCCAUUGCGCGCCGCUUUGCUUACUUAUUCAUUGCGGCCCCCGAGCCGGCCCAUAUCCACACCCCCUUCUCAGAUAUUCCCACCACCUUUCACUGAGCCGCCGGACGGGUGGUGGCCGCAUCCCGUUGUUUCUGAAUAGAGAGAGAGAGAGUGUGUGUACCACCUCUUUCCCAAUUGUGCGCUCUUACACCCCGAGCCACCUCGGCCUCUUCGUCUUCCUCAGCUCGUGGAACUACCAGUUGAAGUAGAUGCGCAGCUGGCUAGUCCGCGCAACACGCACUUGGAUGUGUAGAAAAGGCCACCAACUCGCCUAACCGCCUGGUUGCCUUGAAACAGCAUGACCUAAUAAUGGCAAAAGGGAACAACCCCGAACCUUCCCCCGUCCCCCUCCUAAUCUUGCCCGCACUCACUCUCCUCGGUGUCCACGAGACCCGACCAACAAACUCCGCCUUGCUCGCGGUGGAGGCUUUGCUCGAGUGUCCCCCCCCCCCCCGCCCCCACCCCUUCUCAUCCGCGGGAUGAAGUCACAAUUGUUGAGAGCAUGACCACCCAUCAUGAAGCCUCUCGCGCCUCUCUUGACUCCCAAGCGAGGGGCCUGCCGGGUAUACCCGAGUCACACUUUUGCAGUCCCCGCCUACUAUCUACUCACCGGGAGGUACAAGGCGGAUUUUCCUGAUGGCCCUCCUCAACAGGCCACAGGCUCAGCCCACCGCUCAGCCCACGAGGCCAAAUGAUGAGGAGUUCGUCCCUGUGCCGGAGACGGUGUCAUACCUUCCCACACUUGGCAAGUCAAGCCCCAAAGUGCUGGAAUGGGUGUGUACGUCACAGCCCUUUGCCCGGAGGUACCAAGAUAGCCGCCGCCCCUCGGAUCCAACUCACAGGCGCCUGCCUGUUGCAUGUGUUACUCACUGGAAGCAUCUGGAAGUGACGCCGACCCCCAAAGCCACGAUGGAGGAUCUGAGGUAUGGUGACACGGGUUGCCUCUUGGAGGGCCUGCGUGGUUUGCCCUGACUGAUACCUGCUUCCGGGCCUGAGUAUAUCAGAGCAGGGAGGGGCCCAACAGGUUGCCUGGCUCCUGUGGUUGGUUUCUUGAGCAAGAAAGAGUCACCGUGCCGGCCAUAUCUUUGACAACAUCUCACACAUGAUUCUUUCAUCCUAACGGUAGACCGUAUUGUGAAACAUUAUACCUGUCUACUCAACGAUCCCACUCAGCCGAGUUUCCCACCAUCCAACCUCAAUAAUCUCGACUUGUCACAAGAAGAUAUAUAUCGAGACUCCACCCAAGGUUCCCAUCCGGGCCUUCGACUGAGGAGAACUAGUACAUACCAUCAUGGCUCCUAAAAGACCUUGUCACCAGCGCGGGUGUGGAGCAAAACGGGUUCGCAAGACGUACAGAGGCGACAAACAUUAUUCACACUACUGCCAGGACCACACGUGCCAAUGGAUAGCCGACACCAGCUCCGGCCACUUGCUGUUCUGUCCCACACCAAGAGAGCCCCACCUCAAGUGCUGUGCCGUCCAUGGGAAGUGUAGGGUCCAAGGCUGUAUGCGCCAGGCGCCACGGGACGUUGAUGCAAACCGUCUUCCGUGGAUCUGCUCUGAACAUCAAUUAGAGGAGAUGCGCGAAAAGAUCCGCCGGGAAGAAGAGGAAAAGCGACGAGCCGAGGAAAGCAAGAGAAUGAAAGAAGAAGAGAGAGAGAUACGGCGCCAAGACCGACGCAUGCGCCGCGACCACUACAUCCGGGAGGAGGUCAGAAGAAGGCUGGCAGAGCUCGAGAUCCGACGGGUCGCGGAGCAGAACGCGGAAGAACGCCGCCGCCGGGCACAACGGGAAGAAGAAGACAGGCGGAAGCGAGAGUUCGACGAGCGCGUAAAGCUGGAGGUCGCAAAGCUGGAGGCGGAGCGCAGAGAGCGCGAGGACAAGAAGCGGCGUGAGGACGAGCGGCAACAAGCUCACGACAAGGACGUCGCCGACCGAACCAGGCGCGAGAUGCGGGAGAAGGCAGAGGAAGAAAGGCGGAAGGCGGAAGACCAGAAGAGAGCCGAGCAGAGGAUCAGGGACGAGAUGAGAUUGGAGGCUGAGCUAAAUCGGCAUGAGGAGGAGCGAAAAGAGCGCCAGCGCAAGGCGGAGAUCGCCCACGAGGUCGAGGUGGAGCUCAUGAAGGACCGGGAAAGAAGGGAGGCGGAAGAUCGUCGGAGGGCAGACGAGCAGCGACACGAUGGUGAAGUCUAUGCGAGGGGCGUCGAGGAUGCAAGGAGGGCUGUCCGAGAAAACGAAGCCCGGAUCAAUGCUGAGGUGGACGAAAUGUGGAGGACCCGAAGGCAACAACUCGACAGGGAGGCUGAGGAGCGCCAGCAGGAGGAGGACCGUCGGCGGAAUCGUGAGCGGGACCGUCAGCGGGAUCGCGAGGAGCGGGAACGUGAGCAGGAACGUGAGCGGGAACGUGAGCGGGAUCGGGAGCGGGAGCGGAGGCGGGAUCGGGAGCGCGAUCGCGAGUGGGAUCGCGAGUGGGAGGCAGGAAAUCGACGCUCAGGUGAUGACUGGCGCCGCUUUCGAGUCACUACCGAGUAUUGUCGGUGCAACGAACCUCCGGCUCGAUGCCGGUGUGAGGACCCCUUCCGCCCUAGAGGGUGUCGAUACUAGGAUGCCCUCCCAUGCUACUGGCACCAAGCAUGGACGGUAACGCUGGUUACGGGGACAACAAGGAAGCGCUGAUUAGAGGGGGUAUUCACAGUGUGAUCGUGGUUUAUGGCUAGGCGUUACGAAGGCGUUACCAAACUCUGUUUUUGUCGCAUCAGUCACAUGUUGCGGCUCGGCACCAGACAUAGCAAUGUUUUAAUAUCGUCGGAAAGUUACAUAGGACGACUAAAUUGAACUAAAUCUGACCA